AUGAAGUUAGUUUUUCGAGAUAUCGACAAACACGGUGUUGGACAUGUUGUUCUUGUGCCUGAGGAAUCAGAAGAUAUGUGGCACGCGUACAAUUUGGUAGCCGUUGGGGACACAUUGAAAUCAACAACUAUUAGAAAAGUCAAUACAGAGUCUGCCACGGGGAGUACUUCAAGUACUAAAAUUAGGACACAGCUAACAAUAAAUGUAGAGGCCAUUGAUUUUGACACCCAAGCCUGCAUGCUAAGGGUCAGAGGUCGUAACAUUGAAGAAAAUCAAUAUGUCAAGAUGGGGGCUUACCACACAUUAGACCUUGAACUUAAUAGGAAAUUUACCCUGCAUAAGAAUGAAUGGGACAAUCUUGCCUGUGAUCCAACCCAACAUGCAGACCUUGCUGCUAUUAUAAUGCAAGAAGGAUUGGCUAAUGUCUGUCUGAUUACGUCAAGCAUGACGAUAGUUAGGGCAAAGAUCGACACAGUUAUACCGAGGAAGCGGAAAGGUCAAUGUUCUCAACACGACAAGGCCUUAACGAGAUUCUAUGAUCAGAUCAUCCAAGCAAUUACCAGACAUGUAAAUUUCGAAGUUGUCAAAUGCGUUCUGCUGGCUAGCCCUGGUUUUGUGAAGGACCAGUUCUUCGAGUAUAUGAUGCUGCAGGCAAUUAAAAAUGACAACAAGUCGUUGAUCGAUAACAAAGGAAAAUUCUUACUGGUGCAUUCGAGUUCUGGCUUCAAACAUUCUCUAAAAGAGGUCCUGCAGGACCCAUCAAUAGCCACCAGGCUGCAAGACACGAAGGCAAGUUCAGAGGUGAAGGCCCUGGAGGAUUUCUACAACAUGAUGCAGUUGGAUCCACAGAGGGCAUUUUAUGGAAUCAAACAUGUUGAGGAGGCAUUCAGACAAGGAGCCAUAGAGACCUUACUCAUAUCAGACGAACUUUUCAGAGCAAAAGAUAUAAACACCAGACAUCGUUACGUGAAAUUAGUGGAUGGAGUGAGGGACGGAGGAGGAAUAGUUAGGAUAUUUUCAAGUCUGCACGUGUCUGGGGAGCAACUCUCCCAACUAUCCGGUGUGGCCGCCAUUUUAAGAUUUCCAAUGAACGAUCCAGACGAUGAUGACGACAACUAUGAUGGGGCCGGCGGUGAUGAUAACAAUGCCUGA